CAAGGGUAUUUUUGGAAAGUCAACACAAAAUUAUCCCUUCCUUAAUUUUAACUUUAGUCAAAAUGGGUAACACUUUAUGGGACGGAGGGAGUACAUAUUUUAUUUUGGACCCUAAUUAUAUUUAUGGGAUAUAAAUACAUAUUUUAUUUUGGACCCUAGCUCUGGCGAAAAUCGGCCCCCCUAGCUCUCCUUCGGCGAUCUUCAUUUUCCGGCCAAUAUGGCCGGCCAACGGCCACCGGACCCUCCCCAACAUCCUCCUCACGUCCAGCCGGUUCUAACGAGCCCCUACACGUCGGAAACAUCCACCGGAAACGCCCCCUCUGCUGUGGCGAUCGCUGCUUCCAAGCCGCCCUUUUUUCUGGCGACCUCCGGCCAUGCCCACGUCCCAGGUGAUUUCUCUCUUCUCCCUGGCAGUGAGACGAUCACAGGGAGCCAUUUUUCAGGCGCAAUUAUCACUGGAAACAUCUGCAUGCAAUCGGCGACCAUGGCGGGUCUGGCAACCGGGUUGCCUCCUCUUCCUCUGGUUUUUGCCCCAUCCAGCGUCACGCACACAUCCCCAGACGUUCCUCCGGUCCAAGCGAUUGCAACAUCCUCCUCUCCCACGGAUUUGGUGCAUGGAGGUCCAGGGCCAGUUGCUGCACUUACGGCAAUAAUGUCCCCCCAACCUACUGUUUCCUUUUCUCCGGUGGUGCUUCCCACUUCAGGUCUCUCUACUUCUCCUUUGCAUGAUUUUGUACCUAUGCAAGAGGCCUUGGUCGUGGAACACACUGCUGCCGCCUCACUAGCUCCUUCUCACACCUGCGCGCCAGGUGUUUGUGAAAUUGCCACAACGGGAAGCCCUUCAACAAUGGGAGAUUAUUUUAAGGUGAAAAUACCUCUUGCUGCUUUUAGUCAUUUCAACUGGAAAAAUAUUGAUGGUGCUGAGCUUAAAGGCCUUCUUAGUGAUGAAACCGCCAUGUUGCAUGUCCCUUUGUCCUCCUUCUCUCAAUACAAACGCUUGAAUAUUCAAGGAGCUGUAAUACUUUCAUUAAUGGGGCAGGAUGGGAUUCCAUAUGGGGAUUAUCCAGUUGAUGAAGUGCUUCGCCCAAUCACCCAGCCCCAUUUAUUCCAGCCUUUCAAUCUUGAGCUCCCAAAGGAGAAGGAGAAACGGCUUGCCCAUGGGGCUGCUACUCCAGGUGAAAAUGCCGCUCUUACCUUAGCUUCCACUGCCAAGACAAGUAUUUUGGGCCCUGGACCACAUCAUGCAGCCCCUAUAGUGCAUACUGUCACGUCCCAUGUACGGCAAGGAGGAGAAAAAGGGGUGUCUUUUGCCCCUACUUUGGAGCCUAAAGAAAAUCAUGGUAUGCCUCCUCAAAAACCAGUUGCCAAUAAGGUUGUGGCAGUGGUUUCCCAAGGUACGCCAGCUGUACAGGUUCCCCAUGCUGCACGGCCAGGAGGACAAUCCAGCACACCCAAACUCUCCUUUGCACAGGCCGUGGCAGGUGCUUCAAACACACCGAAGUCUUUCGCUCAAGCAGUCACUGGGACGUCUACUACAGGUAUUUCUUUAAGGGCUAAUGCUUCUCGCCCCUCUUCUAUUUUACCUAAUGUUGUUGUUGAGGACAAAAUCCCCACUUUUCAUAGGGGUACUCCCGGAGUUGUUUUCAAAAAGUCUGAAAUGCAAAAACUUUCUCAAUUGGAUAAUUUUCUUCUUAUUGGUAAAUUUUCACAUGGUCGCCCAGAGAUUGCCACAUUGAGGAAGUUUUUUGCUGAAAAAUUUCUCCUCCGGGAGUCUGUUCAGAUUAGUCAUCGUGACCCUCGCCAUGUUAUGUUAUUAUUCACCCAUCCUCAAGACUGUAAUGAUAUUUUUAUGCAAGGGCAGAUUCAGUUUAACGGACAAUUUCCUAUGAGACUUUUUCGAUGGUCUCCGGAAUUUAAUGUUAAAACUGAAUCUUCCAUUGCGCCGGUGUGGGUGACUUUUCCUAAUCUGAGGGCUGAUUUAUUUAAUGAGAGUGCCAUCCACCAGCUUUGUAAGCCCAUUGGGAGGUGCUUUGGGAGGUGCUUGAAAGUGGACGUUGCUACGUCCACUUUCUCACGCCCCAAUGUGGCUAAGGCUCGGGUGGAGAUAGAUUUGUUGCAGCCUAGGAUAGAGCAAAUUUGGAUUGGUUUUUCUGAUGAGCCUGGUGAGGAGGAUGUGGGCAUGUUCCAACCCGUGGAAUAUGAACGCAUUCCAAAGUACUGCACGGCCUGUUUUAAACAGGGUCACGAUAAUUCUUCGUGCAAUACUUUGACUCCACGUCAGCCUGAUCAGAGGACAGCUGUUGUUGUUCCUCAACCUUCUACGACUGCACCCAUGAAUACCCCACCUCCUCAACGGAGGCGAAGUAGGAGUCGGGUCAGGCGUCAAAGGGAGGGGAAAGGUAUUGCUUUGGAUGAUGCAGGUAAGGGGGAGGGACCCUCAUCCAGCUUACACGCCUUUGUGCCCACUUCUUCACAUCCCACCCCGAAUGUUAUUAUACCUGAUGCUAGUUUAGUUCCUUCUACUAUUAACGCCACUACUCCCACACCUGUUGUGGUUGAGCAGUCGGCGUCCCCGAUCGUUGAGCCAUAUGUUCCUCCUACCGGAGUUGAGCAAGGCUCCGUUGUUGCUUCUCUUCCUCUCUCUACUUUUUCUUCUUCUCCUAUUGUACAUGUUCCCGAUCCUCAACCCCCCGAGCUGGCUCUGGCUAUGUCUAAUACUUUUGAUGCUUUGGGGGAGAUGGCUAGGGACAGUCAUGAGGGCUACGACUUUAAUACUGCUGCAUCCUCCAUUCCUUCCAAUUCGGUAAGGAAGGAGGAUGACGAUUGUAGUUCGCAGACUAGUGACGGGUCCAUGGGUGAUCAUUUUGAGGAUCCGACUGACAUUGCCCGGGAUCUUGCAGCGAGUGGUGUCUCCCCUGCAAGGGAGGCUCCGACCACAAGGGUGGUUUAUGCUAAAUGUAAGUACAAGGACAGGGAGCCAUUGUGGGAAUAUCUUAGAGAGACACAUGCUGCUCUCUCGGCUGACAUGGCAUGGGGGGUGGUGGGUGAUUUCAACUGUCUGCUCGAUCCCUCGAAGAAGAAAGGCGGCCGGCCGUAUGCUCUAGUCAAAUAUCGGCCAUUUGUUGAAUGCGUGGAGGAUUGUGGACUGGUUGAUUCUCCUUUCACAGGGGAGGAUUAUACCUGGUUCAACAAUCGAGUGGGCGGCGUGGAGAUUCGGAGCCGGAUUGAUCGUUUGCUUUUUAACCAGCCGUGGACAGAUAUGUUCUCUUGUUUGGUGCAUCACUUGGAUAGAGUUGGAUCUGAUCAUGCUCCUCUGUUGGUGGAGUGUAAGUCUCAUGAACAUCCUCCUGCACGGCCUUUCACUUUCCUUAAUGUCUGGACAGAGCACGAGGAUUUUCAGAAAGUGGUAGCCAACUCUUGGAGGGAGGACAUUACUGGCAAUCCCAUGUUCGUAUUUGGUGCUAAGCUCAAGCGUCUGGCACAUAGCUUGAAGAGAUGGAACCGAGACACCUUCAGUCACAUCUUUGAUAGGCUUAAGCUGCUUGAGCAGGAUCGCCAGUAUCGUAUCGAGGAUGAGUUUUGGCGGCAGAAAGCCCAUGCGAAAUGGGUGACGGACGGGGAGAGGAACUCGGGGUACUUUCACUCUGUAGUGAACGAUCGCCGGCGGAAGCUCUACAUUCACCGCAUACAGGAUGAUCAUGGGCAGUGGGUCACGGAGAGAGCUGGGAUUGCGAUGCAGGCGAUUACCUUUUUUCACGCCAUGUUCACUGCAGAUCCUAGUGUUACAUCUUCGGCCUUAGACAUGAUUCCACGGCUGGUCACUGAUGAGGAUAAUGAUUGGCUAUGCGCUGUUCCGGAGAUGGAGGAGGUCAAGACUGCGGUCUUUGCUAUGGACUCUAGGAGUGCAGCGGGUCCCGAUGGCUUUACUGGGGCCUUUUAUAAGGCCGCUUGGACGAUCAUUUGCACGGACUUAUUGGCGAUGGUACAGGCUUUUUUCUUAGGCCACGAUCUGACUCGCCCUCUCACGCACACUUCUAUUGUUCUAUUGCCCAAGAAGCCCAAUCCUGUGACCUUUGCGGACUUUAGACCCAUCAGAGAUGUGUCACGGGAUGUCAUUCUGAAGCUGGACAUGAUGAAGGCCUAUGACCGGGUCUCCUGGUAUUUCUUGAUGUCAGUACUGCGCCGAUUUGGAUUUUCGGAGACUUGGAUCGAUCUGGUCUAUCGGGCCAUCUCGAAUAUUUGGUACUCAGUCAUUAUUAAUGGGAUUCGAGAGGGCUUUUUUCAUUCGACGAGGGGCUUGGAGCAGGGGGACCCACUCUCUCCAUCCUUGUUCAUCCUAUCAGCGGAGGUCCCUUCUCGUUCUUUGGCUCGGCUGUAUGCAGAUCCUAUUGUUGCUCGUUUUACACAGCCCCGUGAUGCACCACAUAUCCAUCAUCUUGCCUACGCCGACGACAUUGUCAUCUUCACUUCGGCGAGGGGGGACACUUUAGAGAGAGUUCGAGCAGUUUUACGUUCCUAUGAGCAGAUUUCAGGCCAGACUGUCAGCCUACCUAAGAGUGCCUUCUUUAUGCACCCUAAGGCGUUGGCACCCGUGUUGGAGCGUGUUCGAGAUACCCUCGGGUGUUCAUUGGAUGUGCUUCCAUUCACUUAUCUUGGCUGUCCUAUUUAUCAUGGUCGGAAGCGCAUUCAUUACUUUGAGCCUGUUCUGAAAAAGAUGCGGAACAAAUGUUGUGCGUGGAGGGGGCACUAUCUUUCUCCGGGGGGGAAGGCUAUUAUGGUUAAGAGUGUUCUGCAGGCGAUCCCGACACAUUUGCUCGCUGCACACUUUCCUCCCAAGACAGUGAUUCGAGAGAUGGAGUCUAUCAUGGCACGAUUUUUUUGGACACAAGACACUAUUUGGACGGCAUUCAUGCGGGCUAAGUACUGUAGCCGCGUCCAUCCUGUGUCCAAGCAGCGUGGUGCUGAUGAUUCACACACAUGGAAGCGCAUGCUAGAUGUUCGCGCCGUGGUUGAGCCUGUGAUUCGAUGGCAUGUACUAUCUGGCACGUCUAACUUCUGGUGGGAUACAUGGUCUGGAUUGGGUGCCUUGCAUCGCCAGGUCGAUGGCUGCAGUGGGUACUGGACUGAUGGAGUGGGUGAUAUGUAUCGCUCUGAUUUUAUGAUUGACCAUGAUGCUUGUUGGGGACUUGUCGUGUGGUCCAAAACAAAUUAAAAAAUUAUAAAAUAUCCUUAACUAACCCCCAAAAUAUAAUCAAAUAAAAACUAUAGCUAGGGCAAGUAAGGGUCGAUCCCACGGAGAAAGUUUGUACUUUUUAAAACCAAUUUAGUAUACAAACACGUUGUCACGAAAUAAAAUAAAAAAAAACAAACUACUACACAAAUGAUAAUACUUAUAAAACUUUUAAUUAAAUAAAUAUAUAAACUUAUAAAUAUAACUUAUAUAAACAAAGAACUUAUAAUAUAACUUAGUAAAAAAAACUUAUAUAAAUAUAAACAAAAAAAAGGGGGGGUUGAAUAAAAAGUAAAUAUUUUUGGUUUUUAUGUAUUUUCUUAUUUUUUUUGGUUUUUUGAUAAAAUGGGGGAAAUAAGCUCAAAAAUAUUACUUCUCCAAUAAAGGUAACCCAAGAAACACCGCCAAGAACCCGAGACAAAAUGAAAAAAGAGAACAAACACGAGUUGAACAUUACACGUAUAAUAGGCACGUAGACAAUAUAUUACGUAACUUACGCACUUAAGAAUAGGAAAAACAAUCAAAGGCCGAGUCGAUU